AUGGGACAGAAGCUCCCCAUCUGGCCCCUGCCUGACGGAUACCCCCCGAGGGCAGGCCCAGUAGCCCCCGAGCCCCAGGGGGCUAGUGACGGUGCUGUAGCCCCCCCACCAACCUCGGUGGGAGCCCCGAGCCCCGAGGGUGCUGCACCACGUCCCCAGGAGGGACAGCAGCAGACGGGUGUGGGAACCAUGGGCGGCCCCUGUCAAGGACGUGGCGUGGGAGACCCCACGAUUGAGCAGCCGGAGGCCCCUGUUCCGGGACAGUCAGUUCUGAAAUUCAUCAAGUGUUUGCUGAGCACCUACUGUGUACGGAGGCAGUCGGGGGCUGUGGAGCAGCCACGGGCACAGCCUCCUCCUCACCCCCUCCUGCUCACGGCGCACCCAUAUCAGCCCACGGGGAAAUUUGUGUCUUACCGCUUCUUCCCCCAGGGCUCAGAGACCCCACGCAACCCCGGGAAUCCUGGGGCCCGGCUGGCUGGGGCUGGGCGUGGACCCCCACUGGAGGCCUGGGUCCCUGCUGCCUCGGAUCUGGGGGCCCCUGUCAGCUCCACGAGGACUGGGGCAGGUGCCCCUGCACCUCCUCUUGGCCCGUCCCUAGAUGAGGUCACCCCAGAGCUGGGUGCACACGCUGACGUCGGGCUGAGCCCCCCAGGGGGCAUCCGGCCCAGUACAGUGAACCCAGAUCCGGGGGCCACCAUGGGGCUGCCGAGCUUCAAAGCCCCCCAGCCACUGCCCGAGGGCCCAGAGCAUCUGCCCACUGGGGAGGCCGUUGCCCUGGAUACCCAGGCACCCCCGCUGCAGCUGACAGCGCGGCUCAGAGGCGUUCUCUGUGCCUCCCCUUCAGCUGGGGAGGGGGACCGAUGGGAUGGUGUCCCCACUCCCCCAGGGACCCCACCUGCCGAGUGCAAGCCCUGA